ACGCAGACAACCUCGAUAACCAACACAUGCUUGUCGAUCUUCUUACCUGCUUGCCUGUCCUCGCCUGCCCUAUUUCCCAAUAUGAUGUGCGUGGUGUACAUACCCGCAUCCAUACUAAUAACCAUCUGUUAAGUCGCGUGUCUGUCCGGAAGAAACCUGCAUGCAUAGGUACCUUAGUGUACAUGCUAGCUGGACACAGGCUCCACUGCCGGUGCUGGUCCGAUUUUGCUCUUCCGUGAUCCGGAUCCGCGGAGCUCCAGACUCAUUAUGAAUUGGUUUGUUACCUCGUCGGCCACCUAUGGACAGAAUGGUUGUGCCCACGUCGGAAAGUGCUAGCCUAGGUACUUUUCAUCUCAUGUCACCUCG